CUCACCCGUGCAGAGAGCAGAUUGCUGGGAGGGUCGAGCCUUGUCGGCAGGUCUCGAACACUCUUGUACGUGUGUGUAUAUGUAGCUUGAAUUUUAGACGCAGUCACGCUUUCUUCCCUUAUACUCUUUUUUUCUCCUGCUCUCCUCCUCCUCUCCCUUCCUGCAGAACACCUUUGUGUUUUUUCCUUGCCUUAUUUCCUUCCCUUUCCCUCUUCCUCCUCUCUACCUAUCUGACUUACAUGUUCUGUGUGCUUGGACUUUUUUUGCAUUACUUUGAAAAUUGAAAGUGCACACCGGACAAGAUGCUAUAGCAGUCUGGGCUCCAUGUCUCCCUCAAGGUCUACUAAAGAAAACAAGACACCACUUGUGGCAGGGGAUGACUGUAUGCCUUGAGGAAAUAAGGCUUUUUGAAUUUGCUUUCAUCAUCAGGCACUUGCAUUUUUGAGACUCUGGAAUUAAUCAGGUUUUUUACAAAUCAAGAGAAUGUGGACCAAAUUGUGCCAGCUUUCUGCACAGGUCUUUUUCUUGGGAGUGAUGCUCUCUGUGGUGGACAGCAAAGGAACUUUUUAUGGUGGUCACAUCAACCCUUUCUAUGGAAAUAGAUACAACCUCUACAAAGCUGGACUCAACCCUCAUUACUCACCAAACAAGCCUAUGACCCGCCACAAAAACCACUGCGCUUACAUGGUCCAGAAAAACAUCACCUGCAUCCUGCAAGAUGGAGUGGAAACCUAUGUGAAGGCUGAAUACACCACCAAGUGCAUCUGGGGUCAAAAAUGUCCUGUAGUCAUGUACAGAACAUUUCACAGGCCAACAUACAAGGUGGGGUAUAAGACUGUGACUGAACUCGAAUGGAGAUGUUGUCCUGGUUACUCUGGUGAAGCUUGCCAUGAUGGGCCCACAUCGUUGCCUGACAUCAUAGGUCCCCAUCGUCCAGGUAUUAAAGGGGUCCCUCUUGGGCCUAGACCCCCAGUGGACCAGAAGCCUGGAGGAGCUCCGCUGGAUCCAGGCAAGUUCUUCCCUGGUAUAGACUCAGGACAACUACCUGGGGGAGAUGGAAAACCUAACUAUGGAGUUGCAGGUGAACGUUUGGACCGCAUGGAGCAAGACCUGCGUCUCCUCACUCAGAGUCUAGAAUCCCUUAAUAGGGUGGUGGCUGGCCUCGAGGACCGACUUCGAACAUCCCUUCGUGAAGAAACCAAUAAGUUCCUGGUGUCACUGCUGCCCAACCCCCCAAGAGGGCCAGACUCCACCGUGGGAUUCGGGGUGAUCCCUGAUGGGUCUCUUGAUGGAUUGGAAGGAGGUGGGACCAUCCCUGGAUUUGGAGACUUAGCAGGAAGGGUGACUGAAGUGAGGGAUGAGCUGCGAGCCAAGACUCACAUUUUGGAGGAAAUUCAGGGUAUGGUUCUAGGUCACGAUGGCCAGCUGAAGAAGCUGUUGGAAGGAGCCAUCGGCAAACCCAUCCCUGGUCGAGGCUCAACCUCUUAUCUGGACGAGAUCUUAGAUGUAAAGCUAGCUGGUGUGAGAACUGAGAUCCUCGACGGCUUUGAACGCCGUCUCACUGGUAUGGAGAACCAUUGUGAUGACAAGAUUGGGGAAGUGCAGCGGCAGUGCCAAAGGGAGCACUUGGAUGGCCAGGAGCAGAUGCAGCAGUCUCUGGAUGGCAGAGAAACUGGGCUCAGAGAAGAGUUGGGCUCCUUACAAGCUCAGAUUCAGGGUCUAACUCUGACUGAAAGCUGCUGUGGACAGGUAAACAGCCUGUCGGAGCGCAUGUUGCUGCUGGAAGAAUCUGUAAAGGAGUUAACAGAAUCUCAGAGACAGCUGCAGACGGCCCUCGCUGACCAAUCCACUCACAUAGAGACCCUAGUCGAGACACGCCUGGUGGACAUGGAAGGCAGACUCAAUGCCACCAGUGGUGGACAUGGUGAGGUUGAGGGGCUUCCCGGUGGUCUGGAUGGAUUCAAAACAUUGCUUGAAGACAAGUUAAAGACUCUAGAGGAGAGAGUGUCUGAGGCAGUGGAAGAACUAAAUAAUGCUACAACUCCGGCUCUUCUGGAGGGUCAGGUGGUUCCUGCACUGGAGACAGAGAUUGAGUCUGUGAGGAGGAGAGUAGAAGGAGACCUAAGUGGAAUUCAGAAACAGCUAUUAGACCUGGAACUCCUUUGUACCUCCACUUGCAAACAGCCCACCCCACAAGAAGGGGAUGUCGGGGACACCUUAAUAGAUGAGGAAUGUAAAGGAAUAGGUAAGAAGAUGACAGACCGUCUAGACUCCCAUUCUAACCAGCUGGACCGCCUUAACAACACAUUGAAUAACCUGAUACUCCGCAUUGCUCAGGAGGAAACAGAGGGUUCUGUUCAGGGAGAGAUCACCCUGCUAAAGGUGAACAUUAACUCUGUGAACCGCACUCUGAAAGGGCUAAAGGACUCCAUUACCUUUAUUGCAACUGAAGUGGGCCAUGCUAACUCCUCAUGGGAGCAGCGGGAGAAUCAAAUCGUCAACCAGGUGCAAGGCAUCACCAAACUCAUGGGCCAUCAGGCUUACCUUCUUGGAGCUAGUGAGAGGCGACUAGCAGAGCUUAGAGGUGAGCUUGCAGCCCUGAAGAGACAGCUGUCAGGGGGGCUACAGGGCUGCCGCAGCACAGCAAUGGAGGUGCAGAAAGAGGUAAAGGUCGUUGACAGCAGGGUAAGCCAGGUUGAGAGCCAGUGUAGCAGCCUUGGGGAGCUUGCAGAGAACCUGGAAAGGAUCAGGGCAGAGCUGGAGAAACACUCUGCCGCCAUCCUGAGCCAUGUUAACGGUACGCUAAUCACUCAUUCAGAGCAGCUAGGUGACCUGAAAAGCAAAGUCCAAGACUUUGCAUCCAAGGAUGUCCCUAAUCAAAACGACGACCAUUAGCAUUUAAGCUAUAGUUAUUGUAAGAAAGACUCACUAUAUGUGUGCUUCUGACUAGGUCCAGGUGCCUAAUAUUUUGCUUCUGCCUCUCUUGUUUAAACAAUAUUUGCACAGAUGCAAAUGAACGCAAAUGGCGAAAGUUAUCUCCCAUAAGCUUCUAUUUCCAGUGCCUCCGGAACAACUAAGUAUAGCAAGGAAAGGGAAGAAGAUUUCUCUGUGGUUGUAUAACCUGGCAAAAAUAUUUCAAUAAUAUUUCAAUAACUGUUUAUUUUAUAGGGCAUUUGUUUGUUUGUUUUUUUCUUGAUUAUGAUUGUUUAUCGUUCUAUCCUUUUAAAUUAUGUGAAGUGACUGCAUGAUGAUACCAUUAAAAUGUUUUUAUGGAGAAAUGCUAACAGAAGAGAAAAUGCUGCUACAGGUUUCUGCUGACAAGGACACCUGACAUCCACCUUUUCCAAAACAAAUACUGUAUGUCAACUUGGUGCUAUGUACAUUUUUUUUAUCUUUGUUUUAAAUAUGUUUAACAAUGGCUUAUAUACAUAUCUUCUUGGAUAGUUGUCUGUAUUUUCUGCCACAUUGCUCUAAAUAAUAGAGAAUUUCCAUUAUUAACCAUUAGGGGACAGUGAGAACACAUUACAUGGCAUUAAAAUCAAAGAGAAGUGCAAAGAGGUGCAUUUUUGUUGUUUUCAAGUCCCUUUUAUGCAGAAAUCAUGUUAAUAUUUUUCUUUCAGACAGUUUAUUAAUUUGAAUUCAGUGCAAUUGUUUGGCCAUGUAUGAGAAAGCAUUGUGUAUCUUAAAUAAAAAAAGAGGAUAAUA